CAACGCCUUCUCCGUAUGAACAAUCGAACGACCUCGACAAUGCGAAUUGCAUAGACACGAAUCUUUGACAAUGUCUCGCCCAAAUCAAGGAGAAAAGACUCGAGCAGCUCCAAUAUUCAAAGCUCCCAAAACGCCAGCGCCAUUGAACCCAAUUCCCUCUUCAUCACCGGCCUUCGGCACUCCAGCGUAUCCUAUAAAGCCCUUUAAUCCUGUAGCAGUACCAGCAAAAGCCAGUAUCCUCCCUGUAAUUCUUCCUCCAGCUACCUUGCGCCCAUUGGCCUUUCGAACGUUCACAAAGAAGCAUAGUCUUACCCUCACAUCCUCCGCCUUGCAAGUACUGGCUACAUUCAUUGGGAGACAUUGUGGUACAGAAUGGAGAGAAGAAGGAUUGGCAGAACGUGUUCUGGAAGAAGUAGCGAAAAGUUGGAAGAACAGAAAUGGCGGUGUCAUUGUGGAUGGAGAAGGCAAUGACUUGAAAGAAAUAUUAAAGAACUUAGAAGGGAGCAUGGCUGGAGGAAGAAUAGUUGCCAGCAGAGAACUCAGUCGUCAGAAUAGUCUAGUCCUUGGAUCUUCACAGAAUGGAGAAGUAUCUCAUACGAGACUUGGACUGCGACCAAGCGCCUUGGGAAGGGAGGACAGCCAAUCGAGUCUUGGGAUGUCAACCUUGGAUGUUGAAGACGACGAAGAAGAUGAAGGUCUUAGAGAUCCCAGGAAAUGGCUGAAAGUUAUCGAUGCUUUUGAGCAGCCCCGGCUGGUAUACAAUGUUGGGAAGAAACAUUUUGACAGAGAUACAUCGAAACCCUCGCUACUUCCUUCGGCAUCUCAUAAAACCCAGGUAUUCCGCAAUCGAUAUAACCUCAUUCACCAGCGACUGCUCAGGAAUGAGUCUUUCCAGACAUCAACCUUCGAAACAUCAAAAGCUACUCUCAAAAGAUCUUCCUCUACCCUUGCUACGACACAGCAAUCCUACAAAUUAACCCCAAUUGCUAAUCUACUUGGGAGGAACGGCACCAAUCAUAUGAUAUUAGGCCUGCUGACUAUCUCACCAACUGGAACCUUAGCUAUCAACGAUUUGACGGGCAGUAUCGCAUUAGAUCUGACUCACGCAAAGCCAAUUCCGGAAGAUGGAGCCUGGUUCGCACCCGGAAUGAUUGUCUUAGUGGAUGGAACUUAUGAAGAGGAGGAUAGUGUAGGCGGCGCACUUGGUGGAAGUGGAGGUGUUGGUGGGACUAUUGGCGGCAAGUUCGUUGGCUUCUUCGUUGGUGGUCCACCGUGUGAACGACGGAAGGUUACCUUGGGACUUACGGGCGACGGCGAUGGUGGAGUGACUGCUGGAGGUGGCUUUGGCUGGGUUGAUUUUCUUGGAGUUGGUAGUGAGCGAGCUGUUGGCUCUAAGAUGAGGAAACUCGAACAACGUCUUUUACGGCCAGCCACAGAUGAGGACGAUAUAGGCGGCAAAGGACGUGUAAUUGUUGCGGGAGAACUCAAUCUGGACCAACCGAGGACACUGGAGGCAUUGAGGAAAUUGCUGGGCAAAUAUGCUGCGGAACCAGAAGAAGACACGCCCAUGACAUUCAUCUUAAUGGGGAACUUCGUUCAGGAUGCUGUCAUGGCCCGAGGUAGUGCUGGGAGCAUCGAGUACAAGGAAUAUUUCGAUGGGCUGGCUUCGACUCUAUCAGAUUAUCCAACCUUACUUCAAUCUGCGACUUUCAUUUUUGUUCCAGGAGACAAUGAUGGCUGGUCAUCAUCUUUCUCAGCUGGUGCAGCAACUCCUAUACCAAAAAAGAGCGUACCGGAAAUGUUCACAUCACGAAUCAAGAGAGCUUUCGCAACAGCAAAUGCAGAAGCAGAAAAGGAGAAAGGGAAGAAGUCAGACGGAGAAGCACUCUGGACCAGCAAUCCGUCUCGAUUAUCGCUUUUCGGGCCAACUCACGAGAUCAUACUGCUUCGAGACAACAUGACCAGUCGCCUGCGGAGGACAGCAAUCAAAUUCUCAUCCUCGAAGCCAGAAGAAGAGGAUGUCGACAUGGCAGGUACACCAGUUGCGACGCCUGAACCAGAGCCAGAACCAGAAUUCGAAGCCCCUGAGAUGGAUGUAGACACAGCUGUUCAGGCAGCAGAGUCACAUAUACCUGAUCCCGCCACUGAAGAUGCACUGGCCACGGAUCUUCAUGUCGCAAGGAAAUUGGUGAAGACAAUCCUGGACCAGGGUUACUUGUCUCCAUUCGCAAUGGCCACUCGACCUGUGCUAUGGGACUAUGCAAGCGCUUUGCAGGUAUACCCUUUGCCGACUGCAAUGGUUCUGACAGAUACAGAGGCACCAGCCUUUUGUGUGACUUACGAAGGUUGUCAUGUAAUGAAUCCGGGGAGUAUUGUAGCUCCUGGAAGACGAGGAGUGGCUAAGUGGGUAGAAUACGAUAUCAGGAAAAAGGUUGGGAAAGUGCGAGAGGCAUUAUUCUAAGCUAGAGCUAGGAUACAAGGCGUUUGGAAUGGAUAAUGCUGCAUGAAUGAUGAACUUGUAUGUACGCUUGGAAUGGCAUGAAAGGGUGAUCUCCUAAUACUUGAUGGAAAACCAGAUCACGAGUAUCAUACGAGUGUUUCGAUGCCUAAACAUGUGGAAUGUCUGUCAUUUACACCACAAUUCUAGAAAAUAAAACGAAU